AUGGGUCGCCGUCCAGCUCGUUGCUACCGUUACUGCAAGAACAAGCCAUACCCAAAAUCACGAUACAACCGUGGUGUCCCAGACCCAAAGAUUCGUAUCUUCGAUUUGGGACGUAAGAAGGCUUCCGUUGACGACUUCCCCUUCUGUGCUCACUUGGUCUGUGAUGAACAUCAACAAAUCACAUCCGAGGCAUUAGAAGCCGCCCGUAUUUGCGCAAACAAAUACAUCACAAAGACAUCAGGAAAGGACUCCUUCCACGCCCGUGUCCGUGUUCACCCUUACCACGUCAUUCGUAUCAACAAGAUGUUGUCCUGUGCCGGUGCAGAUAGAUUGCAAACCGGUAUGCGUGGUGCUUUCGGAAAGCCAUACGACCGUGUCGCCCGUGUUGAUAUUGGUCAAGUUUUGAUCUCUAUCCGUUCUCGUGAAUCUAACCGUGCCGUCGUUUUGGAAGCUUUACGUCGUUCUCGUUACAAGUUCGCUGGACGUCAAAAGAUCAUUGUUUCCAAACGUUGGGGUUUCACCAACAUGAUGAAAGAUGAAUACGCCACCGCCAAGGCUGACAACCGUAUCUUGAAAGAUGGAUGCUACUUGCAAUACAUCAACAACCACGGACCAUUGGAAGACAACUUGAAGCUACAAGCCCGUAUUGCUGCUCAAAAGUAAGCUGUCGUCUUAGAUGUUUUGUCAUGGCUUAUCCAUUCUUACGUGCAUGAAUAUGUGCGUCAUCCUGUACACUUUUUGCAC